AACACAUUUGUUUUUCAAAUUUGUAAAAUAUAGUUUAUUUAAACACGAUGAAAACCAUUUGCUAGUCUUUGUAAUGUGUGAUUGUCAGCAAACAAGAAGUGGUUUGAAAAACAUUUGCAGAAAGUGUAAACAAAUUUAUUUGGUUGAUUUCAAUAAUUGUGAAUCUCAGAACAAGACUUCGUGUUUAAUGACCCAAAUCCACAGCCAAAUUGGCACUGAACAGAUAACAGUUACAACUAAUCUAGACCAUUUGUGUUCAUUGGACAUAAGAAUGAAGGUAUCAAACAUCCGCCUGUCUAGUAUCAUAUGCACUAUCGGGCCAUCGUGUAUCAGCUCAGAUAUGCUAGAGCAAAUGAUGGAAUCUGGGAUGAACGUAGCUCGUCUCAACUUCUCCCAUGGUUCUCAUGAAGAACAUGCAAUAACUAUAUCCAACAUCCGGGAAGCAGUCAAGAAGCGCAGUAAAAGAUUAGGCAGGACUGUCCUGCUUGCUAUCGCUCUAGACACCAAAGGUCCCGAGAUCCGAACUGGCUUAUUGUGUAAAAGAGGUCCAUCAGAAGUUGAGCUUAAGAAAGGCAACACUACUAGACUAACGACAGACAGCGAGUUUUAUGACAAGAUCAGUGAACAAAAUAUUUGGAUUGAUUACUGUAACAUCACCAAAGUGCUUCGUCCAGGAAACAAGGUCUUCAUUGAUGACGGACUAAUAUCACUUGUUGUUAGUUCUGUGGGAUCAGAUUUUGUAGAAUGUAGAGUUGAAAAUGGAGGAAAACUAGGUAGUAAGAAGGGAGUAAACCUUCCUGGAAUUUCAGUAGAUUUGCCAGCAGUGUCUCAGAAAGACGAAAGUGACCUAUUGUUUGGAGUAGAGCAAAGGGUUGAUAUGAUUUUUGCCUCUUUUGUACGAGAUGCUGCUGCAGUGUAUAGGAUCAGAAGUAUUCUGGGUGAUAGAGGGAAAGACAUUAAAAUAAUUGCAAAAAUAGAGAACCACCAGGGGUUGGCAAACAUGGACGAAAUUAUAGAUGCUGCAGACGGUAUCAUGGUAGCGAGAGGAGAUCUUGGAAUUGAAAUACCAACAGAACAAGUCUUUUUGGCUCAGAAAGCUAUGAUUGCUCGCUGUAAUAAAAAAGGCAAGCCCGUAAUAUGUGCAACACAGAUGCUGGAGUCGAUGACUAAAAACCCUCGUCCCACUCGUGCUGAAAGUUCUGAUGUAGCUAAUGCUAUUCUAGACGGCGCAGACGCUGUUAUGUUGUCAGGAGAAACUGCUAAGGGAGAGUAUCCUCUAGAGUGUGUAGCCACCAUGGCUAAUAUCUGUAAGAUGGCUGAGGCAGCUGUUAAUCAUAAGCAACUCUUUGCUGAUCUUGUCACGCACAUGAAGGGACCCUUAGAAGCUAACCACACCAUCGCCAUUGCUGCAGUAGAAGCAGCUGACAAAUGUAAGGCAGCAUCUAUUGUUGUCACCACCACCACUGGCCUCUCCGCCCACUUAAUAGCCAAGUAUAGGCCACAUUGCCCUAUUAUUGCUAUUACUAGAGCUUUACAAGUAGCUAAUCAAUGUUUAAUCUACCGCGGUAUCACACCUCUUUUGUAUGAGGAACCAAUGGAUCCAGAGUGGCACAGGGAUGUAGAAGCUAGAAUAAAUUUUGCUAUUAACUUUGGGAAGGUUAGCAACUUUAUCAAACUAGGAGAUCCAGUAAUUGUGGUGUCUGGUAGAAUGGAAGGAGCGGGCUUCACAAACACAAUUCGCAUUUUGUAUGUGCUUGAAUAACAUCAAGCCAAAAGGAGCUGGAUCAUAAUCAUUAAACUUUGUUCUUUAUUA